GAGAGAAAGUGUCAUCUUUCUCUUUCUCUCUUGUUUUCUAGUGCCUUUGGCCACCCUCAAAAGUGUCUUCUCUCUUGUUGAUUCUUGUAAACCUUUCUAUGCUUCCAUUCAGCAAUCUUGAAAGAAAGAUAGAGAUAAUUGCAUCUUUUCUGUAAAUCGAAAAAGAAAUUCUUGAAAGUUCAAAUCUCAUGAUGAUCAACAUUCAAUUAAAGUUUAACCAUUUUCAAUGGUUAAAAGAAGAAAGGGUGUGUUUUUAAUCAUCAAAAUUCGGAUUUGACCCUUUUUUUCCCUUAUAAAAAUGUAAGAGAUUGCACUUUUCAAGAUUGUGGUAGAAUUCAAGUUUCACCUUUUAUCCGUCGAUGAAAAAGGAAGAAAGAUUUCAUCUGACCAGGUUGUGAAAAGUUCAAGUUUCACCUUUUCUAGUCCAAAGAAAAAGACUGAUUUGCCCUUUUUCAAGAUUGUCAGAAAUUCAAGUCAAUAUCACUGACUGAUUUGCCGUUUUCAACAUUGUCAUACACUUGAUCUCUAUCUUUUCAUCAACACAAACGUUUUGGUGAAAAAACAUAAAGAUUCUUGUAUGUUGGAUCAAGAUUCAUCAUAUUUUCAAUGUCUUCUGAUAUGUUUGAAUUUGAAGAGUGUCUCUUCACCGAUCCUUUCUCUCCUUUGAUUGAUUCUUCCUCCAUUGACAUCCUGAAAGCUUUUCAAGAAAACACUUACAGUUUUAAUCCUCCAUCGUCAACUUUGACCCAUGAAAAUCUUGACACCCCAUUUAAUGAUAUUGACCAAAUUAUCCCUACCAUCCAGUCUUCUUCCCCACCAAGCCACCAGCUCGAAAGUCUCUCUCUUUCCCAAAUGGGCAAUUCAGUAAUUUCCCUAGAUUCAUGUCCUCUCGAGGUCAAAACAGAGAAAAGUCAACUACCCUUUCAUGGUUAUUUUAUCAACAACGAUUCAUUCUUACCUCAUAGUUAUGGUGGGGGUGACAAUGUAAUGAAGAUGAUGCAAAGGAGUUACAGCAGUAUAUCUUUUAAUAAAAGACCAAAUGGUUUUGUUUUUCAACCAAAACUCGAUAGUUUGAUUGAGUCCUCAAAUCUUCAUUCCCAAGUCCUCACAUCACCUGAUCAUGGCUUCUCUUCUAGUCAUAUGAGAAGGGUUUGCAGCACUGGUGAUUUACAAAGCUUGAGACCCAACCAAAGAAGUGAAAGAUUGUCGUCAAGUCCAUUAGCGACAGAAGGGUCGUUAAUGGAGGAAGCAAAUUUCAAAGUAGGGCGUUACAGUCCAGAAGAAAGGAAAGAGAGAAUCUUGAAAUACAAAGCAAAAAGGACGCAAAGAAAUUUUAAUAAAACAAUUAAGUAUGCAUGUCGAAAAACUCUUGCUGAUAAUCGUCCUAGAAUCCGUGGAAGAUUUGCACGUAACGAUGAGCCUGAGGAAACUCCUAAACCCUCAGCUUUUCAUCGAUACCAAGAUGAAGAUGAAUUUUGGAUGGAUGGGUGGCAAGAAGAAGACGAAGAAGGAACAUCAAGAGGCCAUUUUUUCAACACCUACAUGCCCGCCACCCAAAGCCUUCAAUUUAGCUAUUUUGCAAACUGAAAAAACAUAAAUAUUUUUUCCUUUUUAAAUUUUCAAGGGAAUAAUUACUUAGGCUUUUUAAUUUCAAAUUUAGUGAGAAAUUUACAUGGCCGUAAAAACAAAAUAAAACCCCUUUUUGAGCCCAAAAUUUAAAUCAAAAACUUUUUUUUUUCAAGAUUAUUACAUUUUAUAGUCUUUUUAGAAGUUGUGCAAGUUAGAAACUCAGGCGCCGGUCAAAGGCAUUAGAAGCCUGAACACGACCCCAGAGAAAGAGAAAGGGAACCACUUAUUCGUGUAAAGCAUCGUCGUUUUAUUUUUGUAGGUUAUUGUAACACGUAAACAAACUUGUCCUAUAAAAUUCGAGA